CGAAUUAGGCCGAAGGAUUAAAAGCUUAACUAUCCCGACAAAGACUUCCUUAACCCCUACUUAGAAGGUCAGGCUUCAGCGUUGCUAGCUGCAGCAGUAGGUCCGCGCUAGCCGACACUGACGAACCACAUUAGCCUUCACUACCAGCCUCAUUCAUCUUACGUGUUUUCUGUAAAAAUGCAAGAAUGGGCCAAUCAGUUAUGCGAGAACAGACAGUUUGGAUCCAAGAUGACAGACUCCAAGUACUUCACCACCACCAAAAAAGGAGAGAUCUUUGAGCUGAAAGCGGAGCUCAACAGUGACAAGAAAGAGAAAAAGAAAGAGGCGGUAAAGAAGGUCAUUGCAUCGAUGACAGUUGGCAAAGAUGUCAGUGCUCUUUUCCCAGAUGUGGUAAACUGCAUGCAGACUGACAACCUGGAACUGAAAAAGCUGGUCUACCUUUACCUGAUGAACUAUGCUAAAAGUCAACCCGACAUGGCUAUCAUGGCUGUUAAUACUUUUGUAAAGGACUGUGAAGACCCCAACCCUCUCAUCCGAGCGCUUGCUGUUCGUACGAUGGGCUGCAUUCGCGUGGACAAGAUCACAGAGUAUCUGUGUGAACCCCUGAGAAAAUGUCUGAAGGAUGAAGACCCUUAUGUGAGGAAGACAGCUGCUGUGUGUGUAGCAAAGCUCCACGAUAUCAAUGCCCAGCUGGUGGAGGAUCAAGGCUUCCUGGACACCUUAAAAGAUCUCAUCUCUGACUCCAAUCCCAUGGUUGUAGCAAAUGCAGUCGCAGCUUUGUCUGAGAUCGCCGAGUCUCAUCCCAACAGUAAUCUCCUGGAUCUGAACCCUCAGACUAUAAACAAGUUACUAACAGCUCUUAACGAAUGCACAGAGUGGGGGCAGAUAUUUAUUCUUGACUGUCUGGCCAAUUACACACCCCGUGAUGAUCGUGAGUCCCAAAGCAUCUGUGAGCGAGUCACCCCGAGGCUGUCUCAUGCCAACUCAGCAGUUGUGUUGUCAGCAGUGAAAGUUUUAAUGAAGUUCAUGGAAAUGCUGCCAAAAGACUUGGACUAUUAUGGCACCCUCCUGAAGAAGCUGGCCCCUCCCCUGGUCACGCUCUUGUCUGCUGAGCCGGAGUUACAGUAUGUGGCGCUUAGAAACAUCAACCUCAUUGUUCAGAGACGGCCAGAGAUCAUGAAACAUGAAAUGAAAGUUUUCUUCGUCAAAUACAACGACCCAAUUUAUGUCAAACUGGAGAAGCUCGACAUAAUGAUCCGUCUUGCAUCUCAGGCUAACAUAGCACAGGUUCUGGCUGAGUUAAAAGAGUACGCCACUGAGGUGGACGUGGACUUUGUUCGCAAAGCGGUCCGGGCCAUCGGCCGCUGUGCCAUCAAAGUGGAGCAAUCAGCAGAGCGCUGUGUCAGCACCCUGCUCGACCUGAUCCAGACCAAGGUCAACUAUGUGGUUCAGGAGGCCAUUGUGGUCAUCAAAGACAUAUUCCGCAAAUAUCCCAACAAGUAUGAAAGCGUGAUUGCGACGCUUUGUGAGAACCUUGACUCCCUGGAUGAGCCGGAGGCACGUGCUGCUAUGAUCUGGAUUGUUGGAGAGUACGCGGAGCGCAUUGACAAUGCUGAUGAGCUGCUGGAGAGCUUUUUGGAGGGUUUCCAUGAUGAAAGCACUCAGGUGCAGCUGCAGUUACUGACAGCAAUUGUCAAGUUGUUCCUGAAAAAACCCACAGAGACACAGGAGCUUGUUCAGCAGGUUCUGAGCCUGGCCACUCAGGAUUCUGAUAAUCCAGACCUUAGGGAUAGAGGCUACAUCUACUGGCGCCUGCUCUCUACUGACCCUGUCGCUGCAAAGGAGGUGGUUCUGGCUGAGAAACCCUUGAUCUCUGAGGAAACUGAUCUGAUUGAGCCAACUCUGCUGGAGGAGCUUAUCUGCCACAUUGGUACUCUGGCCUCAGUCUACCACAAGCCUCCCAGUGCCUUUGUUGAAGGCAGCAGAGGUGUUCAGCACAAGAGGCUGCCCGGCAGUGCUGGAUCCGGCGAGAGUGUGGACAGCCCGGAAACGACUUCUACAGCUGGAGUUUCGGAUGCACCACCUGCUGUCAUCCCAUCCCAGGGAGAUCUCCUGGGAGAUCUUCUCAACCUAGAUCUCACACCAACGACUGCUGGACCACCCCCACCCGCCCCCUCUUCUGGGAUGCAAUUAGGUGGCAUGGACCUUCUUGGAGGAGGAUUGGACAGCCUGAUGGGGGAUGAGUCUGAGCCGCUUGGUGGAGACCUUGGAGGAACUCCUGCGAUAGGAGCUGGUUUUGGUGCGGCUCCAGCUGCACUGCCAGCAUCUUUCAGCGCCCCCGUUAGCGGCGGUCUGGACGACUUGUUUGACCUUGGGGGUGGAGUUGGUAUGCCGAUGGGCGCUUACAGCCCCCCCAAAUCUGUUUGGCUUCCAGCCAUGAAAGCUAAGGGACUUGAAAUAUCAGGCACUUUUGCCCGCCGUGCUGGAGUGAUUCAGAUGGAGAUGACACUCACCAAUAAAGCGAUGAGUGUUAUGACUGAUUUUGCCAUCCAGUUUAACAGAAACAGCUUUGGUCUCUCUCCAGCGGGUCCUCUCCAGGUUCUUACUCCUCUCAGCCCGAACCAGAGCAUUGAAGUGGCUCUUCCCCUCAAUACUUCUGGGCCUGUUAUGAAGAUGGAUCCUCUCAAUAACCUUCAAGUGGCUGUCAAGAACAACAUUGACGUAUUCUACUUCAGCUGCCAGUACCCCAUCAGCAUGCUGUUUGUGGAGGACGGGAAGAUGGAGCGACAGAUUUUCCUGGCAACAUGGAAAGACAUUCCAAACGACAACGAGUCCCAGUUUCAGAUCAAAGACUGCCACCUCAGUUCAGAUGCAGCCUCCAACAAACUGCAGGGUAGCAACAUCUUCACCAUUGCAAAGCGGACGGUGGACGGCCAAGACAUGCUCUAUCAGUCUAUGAAACUCACCAACGGGAUCUGGGUACUGGCCGAGCUGAGAAUCCAAGCAGGAAAUCCAAAUUACACCAUUUCUCUGAAAUGCAGAGCUGCAGAGGUUUCCCAGUGUGUGUUCCAGAGCUACGAGGCAGUGCUGAAGAACUGAACAAAAACCUGAGCAUCCAUCCAUGGCCCUCAAACACCUCCUGGCACCUCUUUUUUUGUUUCUUUCCUAAGAACUUCCUUCUGCAACAUGAAUCUGUGGGAUCCUCUAAAGUCUUCAUUUCCCCUGUUUAGCCCAUACAUGUAAACAGUUCACUGCCCGACCCGACGGAUAAAAUAACUCCAGUUUCAGCAUUUAUCUCAGUGAUCAGCUGCAGCAUUCAAACUGGCCCGAGCCAGCCUCUAAAGGCACUUUGAAGCCCAACGACUCUGCAGAUUUCAGUCUAUUUUUAGGAGCUGCAAUCAUCAUGUGAAUCAUCACUUUUUCAUCUUUAUUUAGAGGUCAUUUGAGUAGAGGUGUGGAAGGAGACUUGCACUCUCACGCUCUGCCUGCAGGAGGUGGAUGACGGCCGUGCAGAGGACACACGCGUGCUUCGGCUACACUACUGUUGUCUUUAUUUUAUAGUUUUCUUUAGUAUCUGUGUUGGGGGGAAUGGAAUCUGAUCCUCUGAUUCCCUGUAACUUGAGUGUGAGUGGAAACUGUUGGUGUUUUUCUUUCAUUUUUACAACAGUAUCUCUUGACUUUUAUAGCAACAGGUGCUCAUCGACUGCUCUCUGAUUUAGUUCUUCCAUGCUUUACUUUGUGUCUCCAGUUUUGUUGUACAAACUUAGGAAAGCCCUUAAAUGGAGGAUUUCACUUGCUGCUUCUUUUGGCAUCAGCUGCAGCUUUGAAUAUUCUCCAGAUCUUCAGAGUAACUCCUCUGACCACAGGAGAUGAAGGCCCCGGUGACCAAAUAAAACACUGGCUUGUUACAACCUAAAAGUGAAGGAAAGAAGAAAUCUCAAACUUCAUUUGUUGUCUUCACCUUUUUUAUUUGUGCGGAUUACUACACAGAAUACUGCAUUCAAGUGUAUGUCUAUGUGUGAGAAAAAUGCUGUAUAAAAAUCUGGUGUUUUUGACUUAUUUCAGCUGUUGCCUGUAGAUCAUAAUAUCAUUUAAAAAGAAUCAUUAAAAGUCCUGAUGAAUUUAC